UCUCUUCUUUCUUCCAUUUUUACUCAUCGCCCCUUUUUCCUUUGCCCAAUUUUUUUUUUUAUUACUCCACUUUUUGACAUUUCGUCUUGAUGAUCGCUAAUGAUCCUGCGCUCAACUCCGUUCAACCGGAGAAGAAGCGUCAAAAGAACCCACUCAGCUUUUUGCUCAAAAAGCAUCACUUUUUUGGUGGAUAUACUUCCAUUCCCGCAAAAAAAGGUGUAAUAGUGACCAAAGGCAUUUUUGGUGCUCCACUGGAAUAUGCUGCUCAAUGUGGGUCGAUAACGUCCAAUGGUUUAUGUGUACCUGAUCCUGUGAAUCGGUGUUUUACCGAAAUAUUGCAAAGAGGUUUGCGUACAGAAGGAAUCUUUAGACUGUCGGGAGCAGCCUCCGAGGUGAAUCAGUUACAGCGAGACUUUGACCGUCCACCAACUUAUGGCAAAUACCUCGAUUUGACUCAUCAUGAUAUCCACGCCAUCACCGGUGUCGUUAAAAAGUUUUUGCGGAAUCUUCCCGAAUCCGUCAUUCCAAGUGCUUACCAUGAUCGAUUCCUUCAAGCGUCAGAUGAUGCAAUGUCCGACGAGGAAACUGUUCAACUCAUUAGUGGGAUCAUCAAAGACUUACCAGUGACCCAUUUUCAUUUAUUGUAUUACAUUUUAUCACUCGCUUCGUCUAUUCAACAGUAUGCGCAUAUCAACAUGAUGAGUCCCGAAGCACUGGCGGUUGUUUUGGCACCUGUAUGCACUGGGCUGGAACAAACGCUCAAAGACAUUCCUUACUCACUCAAGAAAAAUCCACGGCAACGUUUGGGCGAAAUGAGUCAUCUUAUCGAACGGAACGCGAAAUGGACCCACCUGUGGACUGUCAUGAUUGAACACCAUCACAUCCUCUUACAGACCCUCGACCAACAUCGUGAGACUGGCAUAUGGAAAGAACCGCUGUAUCACCGACUGCAACAACGAAACACCAUGCCCUGUCUUUCUCCCGCUCAACCACUAUCCUGUCCAACGCCACCUCCCGUCCCAUCCAACUAUCACCCUUUACUCGAUCGCUUCAACGCCGUCCAAGACGAAACAUUGGAAAUCGCACCUCAUCAAGACCCCAUCUCGCCUCAACUCUAUUGGUACCGUAAUCAAUCCACCGUGUCGCUGGUCGACGGAAGCUGUAUCUCCAACUCGGUCUCGUUCUCCAGUAAACAGCAGGAACGUUACGAAGUGGUGGUUAUGCGGCAUCACAGUAACACAGGGUAUAAACGCGGCGGAAGACAGCGGUGUCGACGAUUUAUCGGCAUUGUAAAAGAUGAUCUCGAUAAUUUCCUGGAAACACAAACACCGGCAACACCGACCUCGUCACCUUCUCCCGCCUCUUCCAAUGUCAGUCGAAGGUCCAUACGGCGACCUGCUUCCGCCAGCUCACUUCCGGGAUCCCGAUCGAUAGUCAGUUUGACAAGUUACUGAACUUUUUUUUUUCCUAUUCCGACAUUUUUACCCUUUGUACAGUUCCCUUCUUCCCCACCGUCAUUCCAUCUGCAUUUGAGUAACUUUUUUUGUUUUCCAUCACCAAAUUUCGCCGCUCCAAAAGAAAAAGCACUGAGGCAUCCAUUUCCUUUGUUCUGUUGAUAUAUUUCGUUUUUAUUUACAAUGGUUAUAGUUUUAAUUUUAUUAGAAGUUUU